AAUUUCCCCUUUCCACACCUUUCAAUCUUCUAUAUAAAGGGCAACCACGUUCAUCCUUCACUUAACUCACUUAAACUUUUAAGUCACCAACCUAAAACACAACCAAGCUGAGACAAAGCAGAAUUAUGGUGCAAGAGAAGAAGCUAGUUGAUGAGGUGUCGGGUUGGCUAAGAGCCUACGACGAUGGCUCGGUCGACCGGACAUGGACAGGUCCCCCUGAGGUGAAGUUCAUGGCGGAAGCAGUGCCACCCCAUGAAGAAUUCAUUGAAGCUGUAGCAACUCGUGAUGUGACUAUUGAUUCCAAUUCAGGCCUCAGAGUUCGAAUCUAUCUACCGGAGCAAGUUCUCACUGCCAAAAUUAAGUUGCCUAUCAUACUUCAUUUCCAUGGGGGUGGUUUUUGCAUCAGCCAAGCUGAUUGGUAUAUGUACUAUCACAUUUACACUAGGCUGGCAAGGUCUGUUCCAGCCAUUUGCGUGUCAGUUUAUCUCAGGCUUGCACCAGAGAACAAGCUUCCAGCUGCCUGUGAUGAUGGCUACGCUGCUCUCCUCUGGCUCAAGUCGUUAGCCAAAGGUGAGUCACAUGAGCCCUGGCUCAAUGAUCAUGCAGAUUUCAACCGCGUUUUUCUUAUUGGGGAUAGCUCAGGAGGAAACAUAGUGCAUCAAGUGGCUGCUCGAGCUGGGAACUUGGAUUUGCACCCAUUAAGGCUAGCAGGUGGGAUCCCAAUCCACCCGGGUUUUGUUAGGGCGGAGCGGAGCAAGUCGGAGUUGGAGCAACCGGAAUCACCUUUCUUAACCCUAGACAUGGUGGACAAGUUUUUGGCCCUGGCUUUGCCUGUUGGAAGCACCAAGGACCAUCCGAUCACUUGCCCGAUGGGGCCUGCAGCCCCAGCCAUGGAGGGUCUAAAUUUGCCACCAUUUUUGUUUUGCGUUGCUGAGAAGGACUUGAUAAAGGAUACAGAGAUGGAAUACUAUGAGGCCAUGAGAAAGGCUAACAAAGAAGUGGAGUUGUUGAUUAGCCCUGGAAUGGGUCAUAGUUUUUACCUCAACAAGAUUGCUGUGGACAUGGAUCCAAACUAUGCUGCCCAAACUACCGGCCUUAUUGCAGGGAUCAAAGAGUUUGUCAACAAGCACUAAAUUUGUCAACUUUUUCCCCUUGUUAUAUCCAUUUAUGUACCUUAUGAAUAAGCUGCGGUAAGUUAUAACAAAACAAGAACCUAGUAACAUCUACUAAAUGAAGUUUGUAACGAAAUGAAAACUUGCAAAGCAUCUUUGGGUCACACUCCAUGUGUUAGGUGAAAGAUGAUAUAUCUUUAUUGAGGCGUCAUUAUUUUCUGACAACUUGUGGUUGUAUCAUUCCGUAUUGAACAGUCGAGUCCAUAUAAAAACAGAAGGAGCCACUCCCGAAUUUGAUGAGCC